GCCACCAGUGGAAGCAGCACAAUAAGGUGGAGCCUCUUCAAACGAAAAUAGUGAAGGUUCUGUUGAACCUAGUCCCGAAGCCACCGCACAUAGUUGUGGAAGACAAGUUCAUUUCCCUGUUACGAUCAUGUAGAAAUUGUAAACACCUUCACCAAAUCCAAGGACAAGUAGUGAUUCAUGGACUCGAGCACAACGAUUACGUCGCACCUAGUUUCAUCACGGCUUGUGCGCAGCUCAAUAGAAUGGGUCAUGCACGUAAGCUGUUUGAUAAAAUGGCUGAACCAAACACUGCCAUAUGGAAUGUCAUGUUCAGAGGGUAUUCCCGAGUUAAGUGUUACUGGGAAGUUGUCGUUUUGUUUGGCCGAAUGAAUCGCCAUGGGGCGUUGCCAAAUUGCUUCACCUUGCCUAUGGUUGUGAAGUCUUGUGGGAAGAUGAAUGCUGUGAGAGAAGGAGAAGAAGUUCAUUGUUUGGUUGUGAAAUGCGGUUUUAAGUCAAACCAGUUUGCGGGAACUGCGUUGAUUGAGAUGUAUUCAACAUGGGGAUCCACUGGGAAUGCUUAUAAGGUGUUCGGGGAAAUGUAUGAGAGGAACGUGGUUGCUUGGACUGCUAUCAUUGGUGCAUAUAUUUCGUGCGGUGACAUGGUUUCUGCGCGGUGCCUUUUUGAUCUGGCGCCUGAGCGUGAUGUUGUCCUGUGGAACACUGUGAUUUCGGGUUAUAUUGAAUUGGGUGAUAUGGUGGCUGCAAGAGAACUUUUUGAUAAGAUGCCGAACCGGGAUGUGAUGUCGUGGAACACCAUGUUGAAUGGUUAUGCAAGAAAUGGGGAUGUUGAAUCGCUAGAGAAGAUGUUUGGAGAAAUGCCUGAAAGGAAUGUCUAUUCUUGGAAUGCAUUUAUUGGAGGCUACGUUCGUAAUGGCCUUUUUUCUGAUGCUUUAGAGUCUUUUAAACGAAUGUUGGUCGAAGGUGAUUUUCUUCCUAAUGAUUUCACACUUGUGACGGUGCUGUCUGCAAGUUCAAGAUUGGGGGCCCUUGAUAUGGGUAAGUGGGUGCAUGUAUAUGCAGAUAAUAUUGGGUAUAAGGGAAACCUGUUUGUUGGAAAUGCUUUGAUUGACAUGUAUGCAAAAUGUGGGAUUAUAGAAAAUGCAUUUGGUGUGUUCAAUUGCCUAGAUAGAAAAGAUAUAAUUACUUGGAAUACCAUGAUUAAUGGCCUUGCCAUGCAUGGGCAUGCAGCUGAUGCCUUGAGUUUAUUUGAUCAGAUGAAGAAUGCAGGAGAAAAACCGGAUGGGGUUACUUUUGUUGGGAUUUUGUCUGCUUGUACACACAUGGGAUUAGUCAGGGAUGGCUUUUCAUAUUUCCAAUCAAUGGUUGAUCAUUAUUCAAUUGUGCCUCAAAUUGAGCAUUAUGGAUGUAUGGUUGAUUUACUAGGAAGAGCUGGUCUCUUAGAGGAGGCUGUAAAUUAUGUGAGAAAGAUGCCAAUGAAACCAGAUGCAGUUAUCUGGGCUGCCCUACUUGGGGCAUGUAGGAUAUACAAGAAUGUUGAAAUAGCAGAACUGGCUCUUCAGCGGCUCAUUGAACUUGAACCAAAAAACCCUGCAAACUUUGUCAUGCUUUCAAACAUAUAUAAGGAUCUAGGACGAUGGCAAGAUGUUGCCAGAUUGAAGAUUGCAAUGAGAGAUACUGGGUUCAGGAAAUUGCCAGGAUGUAGCGUUAUUGAGGUCAAUGAUAGUGUGGUGGAAUUCUAUUCCUUGGAUGAGAGACAUCCUGAGACAGAGAAUAUAUACAGGGCAUUGUGGGCAUUGACAAUUCAGUUAAGAUCAUAUGGAUAUGUUCUAAAUCUUCUGGAUGUUGCUCAAGGAAUCUGAGUUUCUCCAGGCACACCUCCUUAUUUUGUUUUUGGCUUCGUGUAAACUUUUAGAGACACUUCUGAAAUGCAUGCAGGAUGUCAUUUCCCCAUCCAUUUAUCAUUGCAUUUGUAGUCAUUGAAAGAAUGUGAUACUACAUGAUUUGGGUCAGAAAAAGGUUACUGUUGCAAACUAUAUAAAUAGCGACUAGGAUGAUUAUAUAAGAAUAACCGAAUCAUGAAAUUAUAGGAAUAAGGACCCUUGUAUUUAUCACUAUAUUUGUAUAAUUAUUCAGUUAUUGUUAUAGUAAUAUAGUCAUU